GUUGCUGCCAGUACAGAUGAGCUAGAAGGAGGAGGAAUUGAUGAGGAAGAGGCUGUGGUAUAAACAACAACGUAUUUAGGUACGUGAUAUUUACUAGAAAUAACCUGUAGCCUACACUUUUGACUUUUUAAUUAUUUAAACUUGUGGAGGAAUUGCUAUGGCCGGACCUAUACAAGACGUAAUCGAGGAAGAUGCAGCCGAUUUACAGUUUCCCAAAGAAUUUGAAAAUGCCGAAACUCUGCUUAUAUCUGAAGUGGACAUGCUAUUAGAACACAGGAAAGCGCAAAAUGAGUCGGCUGAAGAAGAGCAAGAAUUUUCAGAACUGUUUAUGAAAACUUUAACUUAUACAAAUAUGUUUAAAAAAUUUAAAAAUAAAGAAACAAUCACUGCCGUACGAAAUUUGCUACAAUCUAAGAAAUUACACAAGUUUGAGGUAGCUAGUUUGGCUAAUCUCUGUCCUGAGACUCCAGAGGAAGCAAAGGCGCUCAUACCAUCUCUAGAAGGGAGAUUUGAAGAUGAGGAGUUAAGAAUCUUAUUAGACGACAUACAAACAAAGCGCAGUAUUCAAUAUUAAGUUAAACAUAAAGUUACAAUAAAGAAACAUGUAUGUAUUUCAAAUUUAAUAUUCAUAAACAUUUGUGUAUUUAGGGAUUUUAUAUCAUUGUCCCUACAAUACCAUUCCAAGACAUACCCUUUAUUGGCUGUUUAAAUAGUAGAUAGGUAAAUAAAUAAUAAAUAUAAAUAAUAAAGCCUUUAUUUCCGAAAAAAGUUGACAUAUAUAAACAUAAAAUUACUUAAAACUAAAAACAAAAUUUCUCUAUAAAAUAUCUCUUAUUUUGGUAUGCCUUACGGCAAAGGCCUCCUCCAACUCUUUCCAUUGUGCAGAUAAGAUGCGCACUAAUAAACGCAACCACUACCGCCAGCCAGACAGCCCGGACUCUAACCGAUAUAGCAAGAGAAACAGCAUAUCAAAAACCCGACUAGAUACUAAAAUGACUUUUUUUUAAACGUUGGUAGCUCCCAUACCAAUAGUUGUAUGUCAUAAUGAUUAAUGAAACAUUUUUAUUUCCAUGAUAAAGUACAAAAGCAGUUUUGUUGUAAUAUUGAUCAUAGCAGUUUCUAAUUAUAUUAAGACUGAUAAUUUUAUAAAGCAUUUUAAUUAAAAUCUACCUUUAAGCCAAA